GGAAAUUUAUGCAUGAGUGAUCGCCAUGUGUGCCCAAAGGUCGACGACGUCAGGUGCGGCGCCUACCUGCACAUCAGCAAGCACCGAUUCCGCCGGGGUGCCAAUCACCCAUGACCGACUGAUGUACGCUAGACGAUAUCCUUGCUGUCUUGCCAUAGUAGUGCAUCUUGGUUACGCUGAACCCGCCCCUUGCUUAUGCGGAUUUGCUUGCUAAUGGCAAACACCGGUCAUCAUACUACCAUCCCUCGCUGCAGCACCGUCCCUUUCUCCACCAAUAGAUACAUCAUGAC